AUGUUUGAAACCAUCACCAAUCAAACAAGCAACAACAACAGCCAUGAAACAAAAAAGAAGCAAAAAGUUACAAUUCAUUUAACAGGAUUUGGACCAUUUGCUGGUGUGAAAGAGAAUCCAACCACGCUGAUCAUUGAAACCUUGAAGAAUGAAAAUUUUGCACUCUCUUCUCCGAUCACCAACAAUGAUUAUGAAAUUAAUCCCAUUCAUUACAGUAUUAUUGAAACUUCGAUGAAAGCAGUCCAACAAUAUUUUGAAGAGAUGAAAUGUAAUAGUGGUGGUGGUGAUGAUGAUUCGAAAUAUCCAUCCAUUGAUAUUUUCAUUCAUUUUGGAGUGAGUGGAAAUAGCAUCAUGUACGAGUUGGAAGAGAGAGCCAAGAAUGAAAAGACCUUUCGUGCACGAGAUGAACAAGGAGAACAACCUCUCAAUGAACCCAUUAAUGAAGACCUUCCUAUUGAUUCCUUCCUCCAUUGCAAUCUCACCACUCACCUUAAUUCCAUCAUUGAGAGCGUCAAUCUUAAAUUACAUGAAAAUUCUCUCCAUCCUCCACUCUCUCAAUUGGUUCUUGAAUCUGCUCGUUAUAAAUUACGUCGCAUCAACAUGACUGGAACACUUGGUGGUGUGAAGUCUACCAAGAAUGCUCUCUCUUCCAAUCCAAAUGAAGAUUUCAUUCAAAAACAACUCGAGGAAUUGCGCACCGAUUUACAAGAAUCUCUUUCUCUCAUUACCAAUGCAGGAGCUUUCUGUAAAGCUUCCCAAGAUGCAGGUCUCUUUAUUUGUAAUUAUUGUUACUAUCAUUCCUUGCAAUAUUCCACAUGUGGUGAUGUGAGUAGGAAUGGUCUUGAUUACAACAACAAGAAGGAUGAAAUGCAGAAAAAGUCUCAGAGAAAAUGUUACAGCUUAUUCGUUCACGUUCCUCCUCAUGAUGUAAUUCCAGUGAAGGUUCAGGUAGAAUUUGUCAAGACUCUACUCCAAGUUAUUGUGGAAAGUCUUUAG